UGGGGUUUCAGUCCCUUUGAGCUGGCUCAGGCUUCACAUAUGCGCCCAAUCCAGGCAUUAGGAUGGCAUUUACUAUGCAGGUGGAACGUGUUGGAGGAGCUUAUGAUUGAUGAGAUGACUAUGAGGAAUUGGCUGGCGUUCGUGGAGUCAAAGUACAAUAGCAAUCCAUACCACAACGCCAUUCAUGCAUCCGACAUCUUGCAGACUGUUCACUUCAUGCUCCAGACCUGCAACUUGUGGAGCUACUUGACGCAGAAGCAGAUCACCGCUCUCCUCCUUGCAGCUCUCGUGCACGAUCUUGGACAUGAUGGGCUCAACAACAACUACCACAAGAACUCAAUCUCUCAGCGAGCGCUCAUGUACAAUGAUCAGAGCAUUCAAGAAAAUUAUCACCUCUUUCUCCUCUUCUCUAGCAUGGACACGAACCAAGAAAUCGACAUCUUCCACAAUCUUUCGCAGGAGAACUUUCUGGAGCUGAGGAAGGCGAUCAUUGAUAUGGUGCUCUUCACCGACAUGUCCAAGCACUUCAUGCUGCUCAAGGACCUCAAGGAGACCUGCGAGGCGGACUCGCUCGACGAAAAGCUUCGAGGGUCCAGCGACCUGCUGCUCAAGGCCGUGCUGCACGUUUGCGACAUCUCGAACCCCGCAAAGCCACGAGAGCUGGCGAUCAGCUGGACAGAGCGAUGCAUUGAAGAGUUCUUUUCGCAGGGAGAUCAAGAAAAAUCGUUGGGGCUUCCAGUGUCGCCUCAAUGCAACAGGGAAACAACAAGUAUUCCCGACUCGCAAAUAGGAUUCAUUGAGUUUGUUGUUCUGCCAUCUUUCCAGGUUUUAUCUACCGCUCUUCCUACUAUCAAGGAUGUUUGUUUGCCUAACCUACAUAGUAAUCUCAACUACUGGAAGGAGAAAAAGGAGGAACUU